AUGUCGGGCUGGAAGGCGCUCAAUCUUGAGUCAGACUCCGAAUCUGACAUCGAUAUUGAUGACACGAAGGAACUUCAAAUUGAGGAUGCAUUGAAGUUGUACCAAAUUGCUGUCCAGUAUCAUGCCGAAGGACCUGCAUCGUACGAAAAGGCUGCAAAAGCCUACCGCGAGCUCUUCGAGAGCGAGAUCUUCCGGUAUCCAGAGUCACAAACGGAGCUUCAGCGUAUCGAUUUAUAUGGGCCGCAGACUGAUGGCAACCCAUUCGAGCAUGUUAGCUUGCAAACUGGCCAGCUUGUGGCAAACGGCGGGCUGGACGCUGGUUCCAGCACGCUACCGCAGAUUCUGCACUUGAGCCAUAAGAACUACGCACAAUUUCGGCUGGAGUACCUGACUGUCAGGUUAGACACUCUGCAUGUCACGCUGCGUGAGAUUUUGGGCGAGGCUUCUGCGGCGCUCGACCACUUUGUGCAGGCACUCGAUAAAGAUGAUUCCGAUCUGGAUUUGUGGCGCAAGACCGCAACUGUUGGCAGCAUCCUAGACAGCAAGCGGGUGGCGCGCUUUUGCUUAGAAGCUGUGCUCGAAGGCGACGAUGAAGGUCUGACUGGUGUCCUAUCAUUACCUGGACUCGAAGAAGGGAUGGUGAUCGAACAGCUGCAAGCACUGAUUGUACAGCUGGAUGACGUACUCUCGUUGGUCCAGACUCCGCUGACAAAAAGAAAGCGGAAGGGUCUAGCGAAGGCGUUGAGACAUCGAUUAAGCGUGUUCACGGAAAUUACUCGCUUCGAAACGACCUUAUUACAGCAUGAGCAGAUGCCCGGCAAGGGUGUCGGUCAACCUCAGCGGAUUGUGUUGAAAGCGCCUACCACUUGGGCAGAAGUUGGAGACGCGCUCCUCAAGCAGCUCAUGGCUGAACAGCAUGGUACAAGCAUUAACGCCCCUGCACCAGCUAUUGCCUUUGACACGAGUAACGAUAUACCAUACCGCAUCCACGCUACGCCGGAAGCGAUGCAGAUCGACAUCGUAACCCGCGCGGAUGUUGAGCCAAUGUCGUGGCCGACGUCCAUAAGCGAACAGUUUCCUGGUUUGGACGCUGGCAGGCCGACUGUUCAGCCGCAGAUAGCAGCUGCAGAUGCCAGUAUGCAUGUCCGCGGCAAGAUGUUCAUUAACACUCACGGUGCACCCACUGCAUCUCCAGAGAUGACUGUUGCGACUCGAAAGCGCUCAGCAGAUGCUUCGGGCCUCCAAGACGGACCGGAAGAUGCCCGCACCAAGACUAGGCGUACGCGUGCUCGAGAAUCCAAUGCUACAGAGCCGAUAGAUAGCCGACCGUCCAAGCAAGCCCAGCUCGAAGCUAACCAGCAAUGGGAGUACGAUCAGCAGAUCAACGAGUUUCAGGCUGCUGACGAGUGGAUGUUUGAGACAGUCAGCAACCUCUUCGAACGCAUCGGUGUUGUUGGUUUCGAGAAGGCGAAAGAAGUCCGGCAAGAGCUCUGUAGCGUAACCGAAGCCGCGAGUACCAGCGAUGACAAUGAGUCCGUAAGUGACGCAUUCCCUGCCGCCAAAGCUGACAUCCUGUCAUUCCUCAACACUUUCAGCGAACAAAUGGCAUAUGUCCUUCUCCAGAAAGGCGAGGAUUUUGACGUGGGAAGCCUUGGCGGUGCCAUUGGCAUGGGACCCUCCUUCGGCAAUACGAGCACUUCCAAAAGUGUCAACCGGACUAUACCAUUGCCGAACGAUGGGCUUGUUCGCUUCCUUGUCAGCGUGGAUAGUGGAUGGUGCUCUUUACAAGACAUCGCCUACGACUGGCUACUUCACUUACUACAGCCGAAUCAUAUGGGCAACGUACAAGCGAACACCUAUACUGACUAUACAUGGCCCGGCGACCUAAAGACCAACGUCGUUCGUACACUGGUCAACUUCGAUGAUUCCAUCUAUGAGAGCCUUCGGACAAAUCUGGAGCGAACUACAGGCGCUUCCAGUAUGCAUGACGAUGAGAUACACUCUACGGCCGUAACAGUGCAGACCAUCUUUGAGCUACAUCUCGACAUCUACACUCUGAUCAAGCAGCCAGACAGUGGAGUGGCGACUGACACAGUUGAAGCGCAAGCCCAUAGGCUUGGAAGAUGGUCGGACAUUGCACGAGAAGCGAUGUACUUCCGCGCAAAUUCUUCGGCGCGAAACGAUCAUAGGGACGAGCUCUUCCUACGCUUCCUGUGGACAGCAGCCUUCGCCGUUGCUGCCGAUGCUACCAUACCCGAAAACCAUGUAAUACAAUGCUUGCACGAUCUGAGAGCCGAGUUCGUAUGUGCAGGCGAGCCAAUCAUUUUGUUGCAGAAUAACGCUGUCAUGUCCGAGCUGUCUGUCACUGCCCUCGACCAAGAGCUGUCAAAGCUGACAACUAAAGACUUCUUUCUAAAGGUGACAAGCCAGGAUGCCAGUGAUCCGGUAGCGGUCAUAGAGGGCCUAGAGCCUCUGCUUCUCGCACUCGAAGGUCAGCCGGCGUCGGAAUUAGAAGAUGAAGCAGACACUGCUGCAUUAGCACGAGUGUCUCCAGAUCUUAUCAGCUUUCUACAGAACAGUAAGCUAGCAGUCAGACUAAUGCUGUGGCUUCGACUACGCGACGCUUACGAGAAAAUCGAGCACAUACCGAUGGUAGUAUCAUGCUACUUCCACAUCAUGGCCCUCGUCCUCCGCGAACUGGGUUCGCAAACAACGGUCGAGCUGCCGCAGCGUGAACGGCAAACGAUGGUGCUUCGCAUCCUCCGUAUGCUGAAUAGCAUGGUCUCGAAAACUGCAGGGUUCAUACUUGCUUCGGAUGACGCGCUUGAGUGCAUUGACGAUGCCGCCCUACGGUCUGCCAUAACAACUUUAGGCGGCACUCUUCAGCUGUUGCAAGUGUUCAAUGUCUUCGAGGACUCUCUGCGGGUCGGACAGUCUCAGCCUCCGACAAUGGCGAAUGGACAGCCUAUCCCUGCGUUCGCCACUGCGACGGACAUGGUUCACGAAAUGCAGAUCAAUAUAUGGAUGAUCCUGUAUGCCUUGCUUAGAGAAGCUAUCUACCAGAACAGCGACCUUUAUCCCGCCUUGGAGGUAGACAAGUUCGACUUUCUUCGCUGCGUGCAUCGUAACCUGGGAAUACGCGGCUUUUGCGGCGGCGCGAACAAAAUGUUUGUCCGUAUGCUCAAGGAUGAGUUCGUUCAUAUGAAGCACGUCGAAGGGUACGAAAGCGAACAGGCCCAGGUGUUCUAUGAUCUGUACGGCCUCAACUGCUUCCUCGACCCUUCGUACGAGCUGAUAGAGCACCAUUGCCAGCGCGACGCCUACCCUCUGCUUGAGCGGGGCGUUGCAUGGCAUGCCGUGGAUUUAUGUCUGAUACAGGCGGCCAAGCUAUCAAUCAGAGACCUCAUCAAGCAUCCGCUGAAGGAUGCCUUCGAAAGGGUACAUGCAGUCGUCCCGCGGAAGAAACCAAGUGACGCUAUUAUGCGGAACAGGGAGGUUUACCGUACGUUCAUACGCUCGCCGAUCAACCCGGUCGAUUUGUACAACUGCCUUAGAGGCGCCGGCAAUGUGCUCUCUGUGUCGCCAUGUCCAAGGUCAGACGCUCCAUUAGCCGAUAGGGGAUGGUAUUUCUUGAUGGGCUACAUGGCGCUUACCAAGUUCCGUUCGCAAAAGCGCACCACACCGGUCCCUACUGAUGAUGUAGACAUUGCUAUAGCUCUCUUCAUGCAGGAACUGGAAUACAGUACGGAGAGCUGGGAAACUUGGCUACGGCUGGCUCAGGCUUAUGAUACGAAGAUCGAAGAAUCUGUGGUCUGGUCUGCGGAGAAGCUGAACAAUAACAUGCCAGAGAUCGUACAGCUACAGCGGGCGGCUAUCCACUGCUACACAAUGGCCACAGCAUUACUGCAUCGCUCUUCCGACGAUGCGCCGGAAACGCUGGACAAGGCCACGGAGCUGUAUACAGAGUUUGCAUUUAGGCUCUACAGCUCGUCACGGGAACCGUUCAGCAUGCUACCCUUCGCUGUAGACGACGCUGAGAAAUUUCUGAGCCACCCAACAGGUCUCGAUAAAGGCAAACCGUUCGCACCGUUGCGCGUAUACAUGGCUUGGAAGCUAGCGAAGACAUUCAUUAACCGUGCCAUUGCACACAGGCCUCAGAGCUGGACUCUGCGCUACAUGCUUGGGAAGAUCUUAUGGAAGAUGCACACUGCACCGGAUCAUGUCAGGCUGCACAACGAGGCACCUACCGCACAGCAAGUGUUAGAGCCCUUCGUUCGCGCCAUCGAGCUACUUCCGGACAAGAAAGACAGCCGCGAGAGGCGAGAGCCUACCUUAGAGCCACAUUAUAAGCUCGUCAGCCUUGUCCACAAGCUUGUAAGCAGGGGUGAGCUCAGUCUCGAGCAGGCCAGGGAAGCAUUGCAGCAUACGCCCUAUGCUCGCCUCGUCACGUUUCCACAAGAAUUCGGUGCUUGGCAAGCUCAUGUGCUGGCUAUCAUCAAGAAUCUCCGCACCGCCGACAAGUCCAACUGGCACCACAGGAUCAUUGCUCGAACUGCGCACAUUGUCUAUGAGGCGGCUGGUCCCGUCAUCAAUGGCAGGGUUUCUGAUGAAGUCACUGGCGCGGCAGCCGCCAAGCAUGAGCUGAUGCAGCAAAUGUUCACAAAGACGAUGGUACUACAGGUGUGGCGACCAGAAUGCGAAAGAGCCGGCAGGCACUUCGUAUAUACAACACGUUACACGCGUUUUUUCGUCAAAGUCCUGGAGGAGCUUAAAGAUCGCCAGAGUCUGGACGCUCUCGCGCGGAGGGUGCGGCGGCGACCGCACGAUAUGUUCGAGCAUAGUACGGUGUGGCAAGAGAUUUGCAAUGCAUACUUGCGUCUGCUUCGAAACUAUGCGCAGCUGUCUGAGGGUCUGGAAACCUCAACCUUCAGUAACAUUGCGCAUGAGGACUUCCUAGCACGGAAAGAGCCGCUGGAGCAGUGGAUGCAGGCUCAAGACCAGGGCAACUCGCCAGCACUCGAUGUCCUACGUGAAGUGCAGGAGCUGAAGAAGGUAAAUCAGUCACUUAUGAAGCCUGGUCCCAUUGACGACCUGAUUGGAGACUCUUAUGCGUACCUGUUCGGUACAGUCGGCAAACAGUUAUCGGACGACGAGCGGAGGAUAAAGCAGGAAGAAGAAGAAGCGGUGCGCCCAAAGCCUGUUGCCAGUCCGUUGCGGAACCCAAUGAUGAGUCUCAACCACUUGAUGAACCUCGAUGGCGUGACCGAACCGGUUGUUGCUGCUACCGCUCCUGCCGUCCCCACGCCCGCAGUUCCAGCCGACUCAGCGCCUCAGCGCAAGAAAAUCGGAGUGGGUCGCCGCGAAAUCCCUGGAACCAGGGUGCAAGUCGUCAUUGACAAUAACAGGUCUGCUGCAGGUGACGCCUCGUUUGACAACAGCAUGCCAGGCAGCGUACAUGACUCUGCUGAUGACGAGAGCGAGCUAAGUGAGCUUGAAGAGGACGGCGACGAUGAGGGUUCUGUGCAGGGCGAAGAAGUGGAUGGCGGAGGAUCUCCCAGGCCUAUGUUUCCCGGUCUGGCGCCUUCACCGGCUGAGCAGGAGCCCCAGGGUAUACCUGCGGACAAAACCUCGAAUACGCAAGGAGAUACAGUGAUGGCAGACGUUCCUGACUUCGUCACCAAGCGCCGAGGAUCUGCGCAAUAG